AGAGAACGCUGGAAAUGACUGCAGUUAUUCGUGGAGAUCACCAUUAUCCUGAAUUAUUUGUUUAUUAGGCUACGAAUUUGUAUUGCAGAUUCGGAUUGUAUGUGACAUACAAAGUGGUCAAAGUUUUGCAGCAUCUUCUUUAAUAGGUUUUAUUGUCGUCGACGUCUAGCCUGCCUUAUAGGUAAUACCAUGUUAGGAGAAAAGGCACAAGGCGUUCCAUUGAUGGUAGGCGUAAUGGACUACAACUAUGAUGAAGAUUUGGAAGAAUUGUGUCCUGUUUGUGGAGAUAAGGUCUCAGGAUACCACUAUGGACUCCUUACAUGUGAAAGUUGUAAGGGCUUCUUCAAGAGGACAGUCCAAAACAAGAAGAGGUAUACUUGUGCAGAAAACCAGGAGUGUAAAAUAGACAAAACACAGCGGAAGAGAUGUCCCUGCUGCCGAUUCCAGAAAUGCCUCGAUGUUGGCAUGAGAUUAGAAGCUGUGCGUGCAGACCGCAUGCGUGGGGGCAGGAAUAAGUUUGGCCCCAUGUACAAGCGGGACAGAGCCAUGAAGCAGCAGAAGAAGGCUUUGAUACGUUCCACGGGCUUCAAGCUGGAGUCUGCUCCUCCACAGCUCUCCCCUGUACAGACUAACUAUGGCUUCACUGGAACCCUGCACAGCCUCCCAUCCCUCCCCAAAGGCCUCAUGCCCUCCAUCCCAGCCUCCAUCACCCCCACAGACUAUGAGGCCAGCCUCUACGGACCCUCCUCCCUGGGGGUGGCCAUGCAGCCCCAUGGACCCCUGCCUACCCAGUACCUGUGCACAGCAUUCCCCAGCAGGGCCAUCAAGUCUGAGUACUCUGACCACCACACAAGCUCCCCAGAGUCUCUGGUGGGGUACCCCUUUCCGGAUGUGUACCCCUCCGGAGGCUCCCCACAGCCUCCCCCCCUCUCCCCCCUGGUGCUAGAGCUGCUGCGCUGCGACCCAGACGAGAUGCAGGUGCAGAGUAAGAUCAUGGCCUUCCUGCAGCAGGAGCAGAGUGGCCGGGGCCGGCAGGACAGGCUCAGCACCUUCAGCCUCAUGUGUCGCAUGGCUGACCAGACUCUGUUCUCCAUAGUGGAGUGGGCCAGGAGCUGCAUCUUCUUCAAGGAGCUCAAGGUGGGGGACCAGAUGAAGCUUCUUCACAACUGCUGGUCUGAGCUGCUGGUCCUGGACCAUGUCUUCAGACAAGUGCAGCACGGGAAGGAGAGCAGCCUGCUGCUGGUUACUGGCCAGGAGAUGGAUCUGUCAUCCGUGGGGUCACAGGCUGGCUUGAGUCUGUCAGGCCUGGUCCAGAGAGGACAGGAGCUGGCUGGGAGGCUACUAGCCCUGCAGGUGGACAGGAGAGAGGUUGCCUGCCUCAAGUUCCUCCUCCUCUUCAAUCCCAAUGUGAAGCUGUUGGAGAACCAGGUGUUUGUGGAGAGUGUUCAGGAGCAGGUGAAUGGGGCUCUGCUGGAGUACACUGUGUGCACCUACCCCCUGUAUCUGGACAAGUUCAGCCAGCUGGUGCUGCAUCUGCCAGAGCUGCGAGCCCUCAGCACCCAGGCAGAGGACUACCUGUGCUACAAACACCUGAGUGGGGAGGUGCCCUGCAACAACCUGCUCAUUGAGAUGCUGCAUGCCAAGAAGGCCUGUAUAUGAGCACCACGCUACCAUCACUGUACACCAGCAGACUGUCUGUGGGACCGAUGGUGUGGAAGCAAAGAGGGGAUUUAUGAUUACAGCUAGGAGAAGAUGAGUUGUGUGUUUGUGUGUGUGCGUCCGUGCAUGCGUGAGUAUCCCCUCUGUCCAAGGUGUGUGUAAACAGAAUAUUGACUCAUUGUUUUGGCAGUCCUUCUAUUGUACAUAGUUAUAAAAUGUACAAAGAAAGCUAUGCUAUGAUACUGUAUGUAGUAAAUGUAACAUUUUGUUGAAUUCAGCAGAGUGAGGUCUUAUGUCAACGUUAUAUCAGAGUUAUAGGGCCACUUUCAGAUGAAAGAGGCCCUAUAACACGUCAUUAAGACAUGUCUUAGCCUUUCAAAUAUAGUGGAAGCACUACAUUUAUUUUAGCACUUGUUCCUUUGUACAUUGUCACCAACUUUACCAAAAAAUGUGGUAUGUGAAAAAUAUGUUAUGUUCAAUAUAGUUUUUUUCUAUUAGAUAUUGAUAUUCUAAUAUAUGAACUACACAUAUGUUUCAAGAAUUAAAUCUGCAUACUCA